GGAGAUGCAGCGGCAACGGCGGCGACGACGACGACGACUGAUGCCAAGCUCCUCGCUUUCAAGGGUGUCGUUCUAGGUCUAGCGGGACCGGGAUAUCGAACGAGCCCGCCCACGUGGUUGAGCAAUAGCGAACCUCAUUACACAGGGAGAAGCGACGACGACGACGACGACGACGACGACGACGACAAUGGGAGGCAAAAAGAUUACCGCUCGGUCGCUCAAGGGCAAAUCCACAGCGCCGACGCACCCAAACUCGCGGCGAGCUGCGCAGGUGGCGCGCAUCAACCACCGCACGUCGAAGCUGCAAGCGGCCAAGAGCGUGCGGUCGCGCGCGGGCCAGGCGCACGUCGACCGUGUCUCCACCCUCAUCCUCCUCCUCCCGCCGGACCUCGACUACGUGCCGGACAUGCCCUUUCUCCAUUCCUUUUUGCAGGACAGCUUCCUGAAGCGGCACGACGAUGAGAUUGCGCGCCUGGGCGCCGAGCGGCGAAAGGGCCGGCCAAUGGCAAAGAGGGAGGAGGAGCUGCGCGAACUCCGCGAUCGCGAGCAGAGAGAGUACAGCGCCGGCAUCGAGAUUCCGGACCUCAUGAACGAGCACAAUGUCGCCAAGCUCAGGCAGUGGAACGGCGAUCGACAGGCCCUGGGCCAGUUCAGAUUCGUACGCGUGAGCGGUGAUGAUCAAGAACAGUACGUCACUACGCGCGAAGGGCUGAUGAAGGAGCUAGCCCUGGAGCGACAGGAGCGAGAGGCGGCAGCCAUGGCCGAAUAGACGCCACGAACCCCAUCUGGUCUGGGGGCAUCGCAUCAUCAAUCAUGCAAUCAUGUAUUUGUAUCUCAGCAGCAAUCUACAGGCAAUCCUUCCUUUUUUUUGGGAUCAGGCAGGUAUCUUUUUCCACCUGCCCCCUUUCAUCUCCGAUGUUUGCAACCUCUGCCAAGCUGCUUUACUUUUUGGCAACGGCCAUCCUCCAUGCCCUCCGUCCCUUCCAUCCGUUCCUCUCCUCCUCGACUGCGAACCUAAGGCAGGCGGGCAAGGCCGGUCCGCAAAUGAGGCCGAGGAUGAAAAGAACCCAGAAGUUGUCCUCGACGCCCGG